AUCUUGGAGAAGGAUCUGUUUUCACUCCUGCCGGUGCUGCAAAGUUCCCAGGGGAAACGAAUAAUGCUCCGAGACAGGCCGAGUCCUGCAGCGCGGUGCGGGGAGAUUCCAGCGCUGCUCUUGUUGAGAUGGUUUUCUUAGAUUGUGGCAUAAUGGGAAAGGAAUGUACUAACACCCAGGUUGCCGGUAAACCUGAAUAAACUCGAUUCAGACACUAAGGAAAUAAUACCCAUACCACACUUUUACGAACACAACCCUUUAAAUAACAUUAAAACUGUUCCUGAUCUCGGUGAGCACUUCAGGAAAUUCGAAGAGCGGGCUGCCAUGCCAGCCCCACUUGGCACUCCCAACCAGUCGUGCAGAGCUGUGCUCCCAUGUUUGCCCGGUGAUAUUUUGCUAUUUUGGAUCCUGAGAAGCCUUAGCAAUGCGGGUCCCGCCGCACGCAGUGCAUUUACCACCCGAGCCUCGGAAAGCAAAGCCCGUGCGACUUGCCAAGGCGGCGUUAGCGGAGGGUUGCGAUGCUGAGGAGGAGGAAGGCUUCAGCGAAGGGCUGGGGCCCCAAACCAGGCAGAUGUCACCGCGCUGCUGCUCAAAGCCGGUUCCUUGAGCAUCUCGGUGGAAGCGCUGGCUGUGGAGCCAACUUUCCCCUGCCCGAUCUGUAAGGAGCCAUUUCACCGUGCCGUGAGGCCGCUGCCGGAGCCCCCCCUUCCCGUGCCCCCGGCGGGGUUUAGCGGGGGGCUGGCAGCCCCCUGCCGCCCCCACGGCUCCCCGGCUCGACCCCCAGGAGGUCAGCAAGCAUCCGAGGAGCAAAAUGGGCGCCUCUCCUCUCCGUCCCCGCUGCAAAACCGUCCGGGAAGCUCACGGGGGAGCCGGUGGCGAGCUGGGGCUGCAAACCGCGGCGUGCCGGCCCCUGGGGCUGGCGGGGGUGGUUUGAAGGAGGGGAGGGAGGGAAAGAAAAAAAAAAAAAAAAAAAACGCAAAAGCAAAAGCAAAAGCAAGCAAAACCCCGCUCCGGACAGGCUGGGCGGGCCCUCCUGCAGCUCACCGAGCCGCCUGCGGGACACGGCGGGGUCGGCCCGGCCCGGCCGCGGAGCCCGCACAAUAGGCACUUCACGCUGCUUGUAUGGGAAAUACACAUAUUAAGUGUGAUGGCCACUGAAGUGGAAAGAGGUGAAUCAAUUUGCCAAGGGUCAGAGAGCCAAUGUCAGUACUGGUGAAGCCCAGAGGGCUUCUUGGCUCCCUGCUGCUAGAUGACAUUUUGUUUUUUGCAUGACCAGGGUGCACAGAAACCAGUGAUCGGUGUGUGCAAGGGAGAGCCGGGUACCUGCGCACACCCGGGGAGCUGUACCUGUUUGUCAGGAGCCCGGCGGCGGCCCCUCCCCACCUAACUGUCUUCCUCUCUUUGUUGCUUGGGCACUGCGGUAUUUCAAGCACAGCCUUUUAUCCCCCCGCUCCGUACAAGCCAGACUGAACAGCACAGGUCAGGGACUGGAGGAGUUUGCACUUCAUGAGUGAUUGUCCCAGGCCAAGUGACGGCUGGGGCCACCAGAGCUGUGUGUCACGCUCCCAUUUUGCGUGUUGUUGGUUCCCUCCCUGACAAGAAGGGCUCCUGCGUGCCUCUGCAGCCCCUGAGGUAUGCCUGUGCUUGCAGCCCUCCUUACGUGGCAGUGAGCAACAGAGAGAGGAAACCUGACCCACAGAAAUGCGACGCUGGUGUUCAGUGUGCUGAUCUAACUAAUUUCUGAGUUUGUUUUUUAUGCAAAAACCGCAUGGCUUUCAUAAGGACAAUCUUAGUCUGGUGUUAGCAACCGGUUGCUUGUUGAUUGUUGAUUCAAUAUCUUGGGGCUUGCCUGCAAAUAAAUUCAUGCAAAUAAAGUGAUAUCAGAAAGCACACUUACUGGGUUACAUUGUGGCUUUUUUUCUUCCUUUUUUUUUUUUUUAAACUUAGUUCCCUGAGUGCAAUGAGUACAUCAGCAAAAGGGGUGGUUUAUUUUCUGCUUCUUUGCUCUCUCUUUACACAUCUGCAUCUCACCUAAAACAAAUUUACUCCUGGCAAAAUCAAGCUAAAUUCAGCCUCUGUCAACAAGGUGAGUGUUAAGAAGCAGCUCUUCUGGGACACACUGAUAGACUGUGUGAACCCCGUAAGGAGUCUGCCCAAGUCUCCCUGCUGUUCUGUGCUGUCCUAUCCUUAACUCCUUGCUCUGCAGAAUUGCAAUUAAAAUCCAGAGUAAUGGUUCAGUGGAGAAAGGAGCUGGGGAAAAAAAAAAAAAAAAAAGCUCCUGGCUUGUUCCCUCAGAUCCCCUUUAAAAUAGGCUGUUGGGUGGGCCAGCUCUUUCUUUCCCAAGUGUUCUUAUAAUCCACUUAUGCUGAUAAAAAGCAGCUUUGCUGCCAGGCAGUGUACUUUCCAUCCCGACAUGUAAUUGCUGGGUGGUGGAGGCAGGCAGAGCCUCUGGCUGUCAGGCUGGAGGGAGGGAGGGAGCCAGGCCAGGGCGCGUGCUGGGCAGCAUCGCCGUGUGCCCAGACGUGGAGCCCAGGAGUCAGGCUCAGCUGCGUGAGCAAAACCUUCUUCCUGCUCACCCCUCAGCACGGGGAGCAGGAAGGGAGGCAGGUAGCCAAGAUCCAGGCAAGCGGAGGGAUGGAGAGCCAGCCCAGGGGUGCAGCUGCGGCAAGGCUCUUUUUUUAGCUUGUUUUGGUUUCCACACGUGUGGGCCAUGCGAGGUUGGCUGAGCCGCCUUGAUUCUCUGCUGAACGCGAGCCCGCCUCGGGGCUGGGCUCUUCUGGCCAGGGAUUCAGCAAAACAAACAGGUUUUACCGCCACGUCCUGACGGCCAGAUGAGCUGCUGAGCUUCGCCGGAGCAGGGGCAUUUGGGAUCUCUGAUGUGGAGAGGAAGCUCUCGUGUAGGGCUGACCCAGAGCAAACACUGUGGAGUGAGCACGAGGAGACUUCCUGGUUGUGCUUCAGUGGUGGGUGACUGCACGGAGUCUGCUCAGCACCGCGGCGAUGGGAGUAAUGUGAAGUCUAAUGAGCACCUGCAAAGCUGUAUAGCAGCAGGAGGAGGAAUCGGGGGGCUCCCAGAAGCCCAGCGAUGAGGGCGUACGGCUGGGCUGGGCCUGACACCCCUGGGUUUGGGAUUUGCAUCUUCCCAGCAAGAAAGUCCAAGUGCAGGGAAGGAACUGCCAUGCCCGUGGGAAUCUUCCGAGUGUGCCUAGUGGUGAUUACAGCUAUCAUCAACCGCCCGUUCCUCUUCCCUAAAGAGAAUGGCAGUGUCCCCGAGAACACGGAAGAAAUCAUCCAGAAGAUGAAGGAGCGGGAGGAGAACCUUCGGCUGCAGAAGCUGCGCUUGGAGCAGGAAAUCGCAGGCCAGGAAGCUGCACAGCAGGCCCUGGAAAAGGCUGCAAAGGUAGUGGAGGAAAUCAAAGAGGAAAAGGUCCCGUGGGAUAUGUGGACAGCUCUCUCCAUGGUCAUCUUCCUGCUGAUCGAGCUCUGGAGGCAGGAUUUCCAGGAGGGGAACUGGCAGGACACAGGAGCAGAAGAGGAUGACAUGGCUGUCCUGGGGAAAGCGUUUAAGGGGGUGGCCUUCCCCGACAAGGCCACCUUGGCCAGCUUCUACGAGAAGCGAAUCCUGGGCACCACCGGCGACAUGGCCAGGAUGCGGGAGAUGGUGGAGGGCUUUGCAGAUGACCUGCUGGAGGCCUUGAGGAGCGUUUGUAACCGGGACGCUGACAUGGAAGUGGAGGACUGCAUGGGUGUGGGGAGCAUGUACGAGAACUGGAGAGUGCGGAAACCUUUCGUCUGCGACCUGAUAGUGCCUUUUGCACCCCCAGAGCCGUAUUGUUUCCGGUCCCAGAUCUGGUGCUCUGGAGACUCUUUUCCCCCGGAUGAACAAGGUUAUGGCACUAUCAAGGUAUGCAGGGCAGAUGAGGAUGUGACAGGUUGCAUCUGCGACAAGACUAAACUAGGGGAAGAUAUGCUGUGCCUUCUCCAUAGCCAAGGCAAUACUUCCAGGCCCAGCAGCGAGAUGGAAGACCUCCUGUGCUUCAAAAAUACUCAGUAUCUUGAUGCUGACCAAGUCAUGAAGUGGUUCCAGAUCGCAGUCACCAAGGCCUGGAACAGAAUCUCCCACAAGUAUGAAUUCGACCUGUCUUUUAGCCUCUUGGACUCCCCAGGAGCCCUGAAGAUAAAAUUCAGGUCAGGGAAAUCAGUCGCCUUCAACCUCACUCCUGUGGUGCAGUACGAGAACUCGGACGUUUACUUCAUCUCCCAUUUCCCUCGCAAUGAGCUGGUAGCAGAGCUCCCCUCCAGCACUCGCUGGUUCCUCACCUUCGCAGUGUACGAGAGGAGGUUCAUCCAGCUGAUCUCCAAAACGCUGCCGGCCGGUGCCUGCCACGUCAGCUGCCUCCAGAUCCUCUCCUUCCUGCACGGGAAGCAGUGCAGCCUCACAGGCCCAAGCGGGCUCACCAACUACCACCUGAAGACAGUGAUGCUGCAUCUGCUGCAGGCGCGUCCCAGUCAGGACUGGGCCCCAGAGAAGCUGGAGGCCCGUCUCCAGGACAUGCUGAAAUUCCUGGAGAAAUGUUUGCACGAAAAGAAGCUCUACCACUUCUUUGUUGGCAAUGAGAAGGUACCAGCAGAGCUGGGCUUCCCCAUCACAUUCCAGAGGGCCGAGCCUCUCAACCUUUUCCGUCCCUUUGUGCUGCACAGGGACGUUUACAGAAAGACAGUUGACACGUUCCACGAGAUGCUCAGGAACACGUCUGCACUGAUAAACGAGUACACGGUGCACAUUCCCCUUGCACACACCAAUGGGAUCCAUAAGGAAGCCAUUUAACCAAAGCCAGCAGGAAAACACUUGUUCCUCUAAGCACAAGUCCAGAGGGCAGCUUUUCAAAGCCUCCUGGAGACAACUGACUUUGCCAGUGCAGCUUGUUGUCUGCAGCUGAGCCUGUCCUGGUCGUGGUUUCUGCAGGAAGGGAGAAGGGAUGGGGGGAGAAUAGGGAGAAACUGGAAGGCAUGGGAGAAAAGUAAGUUUCCGCUCCACUGGUGUGCUGGCUGGGUUUUACGCAGCUAAGGAUAUAUUUUUAUAUUGUGCCUCAGUCACACUACAGCGGUGGUGAGCAACAAAUAUGACUAAUUUAUUCACAUGCCUGCAAUGCAAUGGUGGUGGUGGCCAAAUACUUCAUUUCCUUUGGAAGGGGAAGAUAAGAAAAGGGUGGAGGUGUCAAAGACAGGAUCCUGGGGCUGCAGGAGCCUGUCUGUUUGCAGGCAGCAGGAGCUCUGUGACCGAUGGGAAGUGCAACGUGAGACUCAGUGUUAGUGGGAGAACAAGGCGUCACUGCUGAGGUCACACACAAUUCUGGAUUGGAUGUAGAAAUCUCUAAAUCCAGCACUACUCUUUAAUUGAAGGGGAACUGCAGUUUUUUAAAAAGGCAUUUUGAUAGGGCUUGCAGCACUAGUUUAAAUGGCUUGUCCUCUCCAUCAAAAACACUCCUGGACACGACAUGUUUAUUCUCAGUGGGAAGAAUGUAGCAGAGCAGGCAGCAGGACCUGUGUCUUGAGACCAUUUCAUUUGUGUCUUCCAUUUUCUUCAUGGUAACACAGCUAGUGGGUUUUAUUCUUAGCCAUUUUCCAUGGAUAAACGACCAGGAACCUUUUUUACAUUAGUUAAGAGAGAAAUGCUGUUACUGGGUUCUGGCUUUUUGGUUUAUUUGUUUGCUCUCCUUAUCUCCAGGCAGCAAGUCUGAGAACCAGUAAAGAGAGAAAUGACUGCUGCAGGUUUUGCUUUUAUUAAAAAGGAAACUCCUCAAAAUUACUCUGUAAUGAGCCCAGUCUCAGGAGCUGGGUACCAGGAGGAAACGAUCGCCCUCCAAAUGAGAGUGCAGCUUUCCCAGCGUGGUUUUAAUGAGCGCAGGAUGGCUCCAAGUUAGGAGGAGGGAUGCAAGAGGUGCACACACAGCAGAGAUUGGCAGUGCAAUCUCUGCAGCUGCUUACAUGUGUCUUCUUAUCCCUUCUGUGCCAGGUAAAAGCUACCUGGUUGACUCCUUAUAGGGCCUCCUCGAUCCUUCUUAAGACUGCUGCUUUGAUGGGGUUUACUCUUGGGAACUGCAGCUAGCAAACCAUCAUUUUCUGAUGGUAGUACGAUGGGGAAGUGUCAGCUUCUGCAGGCUUUCAAGCCAGGGGAGAAUCUGGAGGCUUGUGUUGAAAGAAACAAAGCAGAAAUGGAGGUGCCUGAACUCCUUCAGGAAGCAAGGUGGUAUUGCUGUGGCAGUGGGCUGCCAAGCCCCCGUGUGGUGGCCUUGCUGGAGGAAAGGCCUCAGCAGCUCCUCAACCUCCUUCGUGUGCUUCAUGCAGGAUCCAAGCCAGGGUCUUAGUGCAGAUCUGCCUUGUUCAGGUCCCUGAGGCCCAACCUGCAGUGCUAAUGGGCCUUCCCUGCUGUGUUCUUACAUCAGGAUUUCCUGCCAUGUUCCUACACUAAGGCUUUUCUGAAUCCUGUUUACAAGAGGAGAGUUGUCCUGGGUAGCGAGGCUCAUCAGGGGUGACAACACCAUGUGUCAUGGCCCCACGCGUUCCUUUUCGUCAGUCCCCUCCAUCACAUGCAUCAGACAGAAGAUUUAACCUCGUAUCACUACUAGGGACAGUGUACGGCACACGGCUUCUUAUCCAGCCUGCUGAUAAACCCCAAAGACACGUCCUCUCCUGCCUUCUCCUUGUAUGAACCAUUUCACCAGCUCCUUGAUGUCUGCUCACGUCUGUCCCCCCACCAUUGAGGGACAUUUCUGCACCAAGACAGAAAAAGCUGCAGCUCUAAUUCCACUCCUGGUUCCCCACUGGUGAGGACAGGGAGCUCGUUGCCCAAACUGCUUUCCCCUUGGCUUUUACCGUCACAGCUGUGGGGUGCUUAAGUAAUAAGUCUGAGCAGAAAAUAAGGGGCAGGAAUCAAAACGGGAGAGAAGAGGCUGGUAGCUACUGCCGUUAGGAAAGUCUUGGCUCAUCUGUGCCUGGGAGACUGCCGGGGCUGGCACGGCAUCAGGACAGGACUAAUUGCUAACGCUAACGAGCUGUAAGCCCCUGGCUUUCAUGAGCAUAACCAAGCAAGCCUUCCCUAGUGGGAAAGAGUGCAGGAGCAAUCGCAGGGGACACAACAAACAGGUAGUGACAGGCAGAGGUGCAGGGAGGGUGGGUGAACACUGGAGGCUACGUUGGAAGCGGCAGCAGUUGUUUGCAAACCCAAGCAAUUUGCUGCUUCUACCUGCUCAGGUUCUCUGUGCCAUGCCGGCAGCAGAUCCUGCUCUGCACGGGCUGCCUGCAGGCAGGUCAUACCGAAGCAGUUGUGGUCUGAGCUGCUUCUAAAUGUGUCCCUAGCCCAACCAGAGAGAAAUGAAAAAUUCUCUGCUGCUUCCUGUCAGGCAUCUAAAUUUAGCCUGUCCAAAGAACAGAAACAAAUUUGUGACCCAGGUCUCUCAGGAAAUGACACACGGGGUUGAAAAAUAACUUUUAUAUAAGGUUGAGCAGGGGGAGGAUGAGAAGAAAAGGCUGUUUAACAGAAUAAUCUAACUUCUCUCUUAAAAUGGCAGAGUAAAGCUGCGUAACACCAGUCCUACAGUCAUGUAAACAGGCCUAAACUUGCCUUUACACACCUCAGUGCACGGCUGCUUAGGCUCAAAGGGAACCUAAACUGAUAAGUGCGUCGAAUCUUUUGUUCUUCAUUUUCUGUAUUUGUGUGCACAUUUGCUUUUAAACCCAGACUCACCCCAACGUGUUCCCAUGGGGUUUAGUUGAACCCAAGCCGGAGCUGAGCCAAGGUAUUUAUGGAUUUGCCUUCCCUGAAAGCAAAUUGCUCAGCAUAAUUUGCCUACAUGCAUGCCAUAUGCUCAUUUUACCCCGAGCACCUUUUACAAGAUUUGGUCUCUGCAUUCAGGCUAUGAGCAAACCCACUCACACCUGUCCUGGGGCUGAAGUGUUAAUCAGCUGUGCCUCAGGACAGAGGUCUCCUUUGUAGGCCUUCCACCAAUACAUGUACCAGAGGUAUAUAUGCUUAUUCCACCCGGGGUGAUGUGGGUACCCAGCAGUGCUGUGGCUGAGAGCUGCCACGUGAAGAAUAUCAUGCUCUGGCCUGCCUCAUCUCUCCUGUGUUAAAUCUGCCCACCAGGGACUGUCCCUUUCAGUAAAAUGUCACGCUCACGUUUCAUUAAAAUGUUUAUAUGGCAGGUCAGCUCCAUCAGCUGUCUGCCAGUAGAAGUGUCCUAAGACUUUUUAGUGCCCCCAUGUUUAGUGCUGCCUUGAUUGACAUCUUGCUGGGCAUCCAUGGGAAGCAGCUUGACACGAGUAACAAAUGCACAUCUCUGGUAAUGCCCACGAGAGAUCCUAAGGAAAGGUAAACUGCUCGUCCCAGCCCCCUUUUGGUGCUGCUCUUGCUAUUUGCUAACCAGGAGAAUUACCCAGCUGAAUUCCUAGUGCCUUCUGAUGGUUUCCAGCCACUCCCUCCACCCUCAACUUGUGGUUUUAAUACUUUAUUAUAGGUUUUGUCAAAGCAGUGGAAUUAGUGGUGGUGAUAACACCCACUGAUCUGCGACAUAGCCUCAGGAACUAUUCACCUUUAGGAAAUGCCUUGGUCUAAGUUAUUAUUGCUGUUCAGGAGCUGAAUGUCUUCUAAGGGGAGCUGCUGGGAGUUCACUCUUUACUAUGUGCCAACCACAGAAUACAGCUUCUCUCUCUGGGUUGCUCUGUAUACAGGUCUUACAGGGCUAUAAAGAUGGAUUUCAGUGAAAAAAAAAAAACGCAAAAAAAACCAACCUUAUCUAUCAUUCAAGCAGGAGGAUUUGGUGUUUGUUCACAAUACUUUUUUAAUGCCAAGCCUUUGCAACAUUUUCUCAGUGGUGAAGAAAUAAGAAUUCACCUUUAACAGCUUAGCUGCUGGUCAUCGAGGGGUUAGUUCUUCUCAUAGGAUUUUAUGUGAUAAAUAGCUUUAUUUAUUACCUGUCUUUUUUUAGGAUUUUUUUCUGGGGGGUAAUAUGUUAGUUCAGAAGUAAAACUGUAACAUGAAGAGCUGUCUUGGCAGUGAGCUGCAACGGGGAAUAACAUCAAAACCCUCCAAAGUAAGCUCUUCCUUGAUUCACGAUGCUGUACUCAAACUGCUGCUUUUAUAGCAGGACACUGUUGAAUUUGUAUAGAUCUUCUCAUGCAGCUUUAUUUAUAAUAAAGUCUUGUACAAAA